CUUUCUUUCUCUCGGCGCUUGAAGCAGAAAAUGUAUUUAGUCUCCAAAGCGAUGAGAGCGAGGGAGAGUGAGUGGGUGAGUGAGUGAGUGAGUGAGCGAGAGAGUUGAUCUUAAGGUGCUUAUGUUGGUUUUUCGAUUCCACUCUCAGCCAUGCAGUGGUGAAGGACGGAAGCGUGGCCGCACUGUACAGUCAGUCAGGCGUCCGAUAGUAUUACCAAAUACGACACAACAGAUAAGCUGGAUGUUCUGAUGGAUGUUGGUUGCUGAUGGAUAUUGGUGGUGUAUUGCGCAGUUGGACUACUGGAGACGGCGAGGAUCCCGGCAAGAAUAGGUUGCCUUGGUGGGACAUAGAGGGGAGUGGUUCUGAAAGACAGUAAGCUCAUUAAGAGCGCAUCGUUGUGUGAAGAAGAGAUAUCGCUGAGUGGAAUAUAUUUAAUUAAAAAAAAAAAAAAAAAAAAAAAAAACUUGCAAUGGCCGUCAGAAGGAAUACAUAAAUGCCCACCCUGCAACUCCGGGCUCAGUAUUUUUAACAUUUACAUGUCAUGGCUUUACAAAACACACCAGAGACUUCUGGGACAAACAAGACAAACACCAGUAUUCUAGACCUGGGCACUUUCUACGUGGACUCAGAUAUCAUAUUUGGAUUUACAAGCCACCUUUUGAGGCGGAAAGCUAAGGUCGUAGAAGGUUGCUCCAGCAGAGAAACCCCACUGUCUCUGGAACUCGGACCCAGGAAGAGGCGUCAAUUUGCAGAAGAGGAUCAAUGUAGCAGCCGACCGCCUCCAGAGGGGGCCGGGUCGGUUACCGUCUCAGAGUCGAGCCCCUUAGAGAGGAGGGAAGGGAAGGGAAGCUUGUGCAAAAAAUGCCAGCUUAAACUGGCAGAACUGAAGAGGCAGGCUCUUGCACUAGCCGUACCCGGAUCAUUCAAGGAUCCAGGCUUUGCUGCUCUGCUUUUUGACAAGCUCCAAGUGCCUGAGUACCCACAGAAAGGUCGGCAUGAGGGUGACAACCGCUGUGAAGUCUGUGCCACCCACCUCAAUCGGCUGAAACAGGAAGCCCUCCAGAUGGUCCAGGCCCUUGCGCAGACGGGCAGCAAAGAGACACAUGACUUUGCCCCCAGCACGUUAUCUGGCAUCCCUCAAAGAACUGGGCUUCACAACAUGGUCACCCUCUCCUCUUCCAAGGACUGGGCCCUGCAAGCCAGCAGGCAGAUCAGCAAGCCAACCAACACCCUUUCUGGGGCAGAGAGACGGAAGGGUCUCGGUUGGCCGCAGGGUGUGAGCAACAUACCCAAGUCCAGUGUCCAGGUGACCGUGGGACCGGGAGCCUUGAGCAGCACUUUGAGCUCUGUCACCAUCCAAGCACAGCAAUACCUGGAAGGUAUGUGGAGCAUCUCCAGGGUCAACAACUUCCUUCCUCAGGCCUAUCUGACACAGGCCACGAUGGCUGAGAAUGGAAAGGAGGUCCUGGGUACUGAAGCCACUUGCGGCUCUCCCAGCAGCUGUGUGCAGGCACAACGACACAACAACACAACGCCUGGCGUCCAGGGUAUGCUGGGCCAGGCAGGGGUCAGUCCAAGCACCUCAGCUGCUGCUUCCUUCUUCAUUAGGGCAGCACAGAAGCUGAACAUCUCUUCAAAGCGAAAGAAGCAUCACCCGCCAUUGCCUCACUCCCAGGAGCCCUCAGUCUACCCAACCAGCUUCAGUGGCAUUCUACAGCUGUCUCCUCCCCCUGCACCGCCAUGCCUUCUGAGAGCUGUGUCGAAGGUCAAGGACAACCCAGGAAUGGGAAAGGUAAAGGUGAUGGUGCGCAUCUGCCCAUCUCAAGGCGCGCACGACACGUCAGAGUCAAUGUCUUUCCUGAAGGUGGACCCUCGCAAGAAACAGCUGACCCUUUACGACCCUUCGGCAAAUGGACACUCAAACUCAGGUCACAGACGAGCUGUUGUUGCUGCCCCAAAGAUGUUCGCAUUUGAUGCAGUUUUCACCCAGGAUGCUUCACAAGCGGAAGUGUGCUCAGGAACAGUAGCGGAAGUCAUUCAGUCUGUUGUGAACGGUGCAGAUGGCUGCAUAUUCUGCUUUGGUCAUGUCAAGCUUGGAAAAACGUUUACUAUGAUUGGGAGAGAUAACUCCACCCAGAACCUGGGGAUCGUCCCUUGUGCGAUAUCCUGGCUCUUCAAGCUGAUCAACGAACGCAAGGAGAAGACUGGCACACGCUUCUCAAUCCGGGUGUCCGCGGUGGAGAUCUGUGGCAAGGACGAAACUCUCAAGGACUUGCUGUCGGACGUGGCCAGUGGGAGCCUCCAGGAUGGCCAGUCUCCGGGGGUCUACCUCCGGGAGGAUCCCAUCUGUGGAACCCAGCUCCAGAAUCAAAGCGAGCUGAGGGCCCCCACUGCAGAGAAGGCUGCCCUCUUCCUUGAUGCAGCAAUCGCUGCAAGGAGCACCAGCAAGCCAGAUUGUGAUGAGGAGGAGAGGAGGAACUCCCACAUGCUCUUCACCCUGCACAUCUAUCAGUACCGCAUGGAGAAAAGUGGCAAGGGAGGAAUGUCUGGUGGCCGCAGCCGCUUGCACCUCAUCGACUUGGGGAGCUGUGAGAAGGUGCUGAGCAACAGCAGGGAUGGGGGAGGUGGCCUCUGCUUAUCUUUGACAGCGCUUGGCAAUGUGGUCCUGGCCUUGGCUAACGGAGCGAAACACGUACCGUACAGGGACAGCAAACUGACUAUGCUGCUGAGGGAAUCUCUUGGGAAUAUCAACUGCAGAACAACAAUGAUCGCCCACAUCUCUGACUAUCCGGCCAAUUACGCAGAGACCCUCACUACUAUUCAGCUGGCGUCGCGGAUACACCGCAUGAGAAAGAAAAAAUCCAAGUAUGCCUCAAGCUCAUCUGGAGGGGAUAGUUCUUGUGAAGAAGGUCGAGUCCGCAGGCCGCCACACCUGCGGCCCUUCCAUCCCCGCACCAUCGCACUGGAUCCCGACCUGCCUGUGCUGAGCAUCUCAAGCGACCCGGACUACUCCUCCAGCAGCGAACAGUCUUGUGACACCGUCAUCUAUGUGGGACCUGGGGGUGCAGCCCUCUCAGACUGCGAUCUCACUGAUAAUGAGGGCCCACCAGAAUUUGUCCCCAUCAUCCCCUCGCUUAACCGAAAGCAUGUGAAAGACGGCCCAUAUUGCGCCAUCAGGAAAUACAACGGGGACCAUUUAAAGUGCAACACGUUUGCCGAGUUGCAAGAGCGUCUAGAAUGCAUAGAUGGCAGUGAGGAGCCCUCUGCUUUUGCGGUUGAGGAGGGUCUUUUUGAUGUGAAGGGGGGUCAGGUUUCCUUAAGGACUGAAAGUGUAUCAUACAAUCCAGGGAAAGAAGGCAGUGUCCCUUCCCCUCAGACUUGUGAGAAAGCAGCCACUCAAGGAAGCCUUUCUCUGAAAAGGACACAUCAUUCUCCAGCUGCUGGUCACAUGGCUGGUGGGUCCCCACUCAAGUCCAAGUGGCCAACUGCUCAAUCUCAAGGAGGAGUGGAUGGUCCCUUGGAGCACUUGAAUCGAACAAGUGCCGACGGGGAGAAGGUGAUUGUUUCUGAUCAGUGCGGUACUAUGACCCAAGCCAGUACUGCUAAAGCACAAGAGCAGGGGUCUGAGCCAGUGGUGCGGGAAAAGGCAUACUUCAACAGGAGACCUUUGCCCAAACCUGCCCCUCCCCCUCCCCAGAUGGAGGAAUCUAGGAGAGCGUAUCACGAAUUGGAAGGCAGCUCUGUGACAAGGACUCCUCCUGUUGGAAUGAGUCACCAGGCCCUUAAAAAGGAACCUGGAAGUUCUCUAGUUCUUGGUAAGAUCCAACCCAUGAGCAGAACACCAGUAGACUUGCGUUCAAAGUUGAGGGGAACGUGCUUUGACCGAGAUAUCCUAACCACCACAGUCACCCUACAGCAGCCUGUAGAGCUGAAUGGAGAGGAUGAGUUGGUCUUCACAGUAGUGGAAGAGUUAUCCAUUGGAGGAAAGCUGGACAAUGGAAGGCCAUCCAGCAUAAUCAGCUUCAACAGUGAUUGUUCCCUUCAGGCCCUAGCUUCAGGCUCCCGCCCUGUCAGCAUUAUUAGCAGCAUCAAUGAUGAAUUUGAUGCAUAUACCUCCCAAGUAGCUGCUUCUGGGGUCAACAUUGACCUGGUUUCCCCCUUUUCAAACCCCUUUACCUGUUCCGGUAGUAGGUGCUCUUCUGUCAGUUCCUGGCUCAGCGAUGUGAGCCUCUGCACUUUGGAGAGCGAUGAUGUCCAGUCUAGCAACACUUACAUGGAUCCUGAGGGUGCUUUCUGUUUGGGUUCCCUGGGAAUGCUCCAUAAGGAGAUCUUGUCACCACAGGGUGCCAAGAGCUCCAUGAAUGACAGCGGCUUUUGCUUCUCAGAACUGGACAGUGAUAGUGCUGCUUCCAGCAAACUAUCUCUAAGUGUCACAAAGUGCCAAUCAACUCCUGAGUCUAGCAAAGCAGGUAAAAUGGCUGCCUGUCCAAUGGGGAAAGCCAACACCCUCAACAACUCCCAAAUACCCUCAGCCCCACAAGUUGUUCACUCCAGUCUUCCCAGGAAAAUGAAACCUACCUCAACAGCUGCGCAUAGCGGCAGCAGCAGCAUUCACAACUGCUGCGAACUUCAACAUCAGGAGGGCAGACCAGAUGACCCCUGGCUGAUGCGCAUGGACAACCGUUCAGACUCUGCUUCUGUUGGCAAACUCUCCAGAAGCGGCACAAACAUCCCGACCAAGAAACCAGGCAUGAUCAGCAGUGUGCCCCGCCCGGCCAAAUCUCAGGUGUCUUCCUCAUCCCAAAGGGUGGUGGAUGGCUGUGAGAAAUCAAGCAGCAAAAAAUCUGAGUUGCCCAGCAAAAUGCCUCCAUUUAGGAGAGGUGCUACCACACUUGGCACAGUCCCAGUUAUCCAAAAUCAACCUUCCUUGGAGUCCAAAGGAAACCAUGAGGGUGCCUCAACAACUGGCAGCCUAAAGUCCUCAUUAGGCAAGAAGGCAGCUGUGCAGAAAGGCAGCUUACUUCCAAAGGCUGGUGGUACUUCACCUCCUGCACCACCUGUCCGUAAAUCCAGCUUGGAUCAGAAGAACAGAGUUUUGCUGCCCCCCAGUGCCUUAAAAUCUGCAGGCCAAGAUGCAGGGACAUUCUCUGCACCCAAGGCAGCAGAGGAGGAGGUUGAUGUGAGAUCAAAGGUUGAGCCGAACAGUAACAAUUCCUCAAGCUUAAAGGCCGAGCACACUUCAGCCAAAAUUACUUCCAGUCUGAAGCCUCGUGGGGCAAAAUUAGAUGCUGGGCAGUGCUAUGGAAGCCAGAUGUCUCUAGAGAGAUGUGAUAGCUUGAGUUCAGUGGGAUCCAAAGCUGGUCUUUCUAGGGAAAACUAUGGUUCCAGCUUGGGCAACAAUAGCAGGACAAGUCGGUCAGUGCCGAGGCUUGGAGUUCCACCCUCCACCUCCACCCUUACUGCUACCUCCCCACCUUUCUGUGCAAUCCCGGGACCACCGGCAAAAACAGGGCAGAUCAAAGGCAGUAUCAACCCCAAGGCUGUUGCAGUCAGUGGAAACAAAACACAUGCUUUGUCUGCCAGCAGUAGUUCCAAGCCCUUGACUUCCUCCAUGAAGUCUCUCACUCCACCAACAGUACGGAGUGCCAAUUUACCUCCCAAUGGGAAGCCUCCAACUCGGUCCAUACCAGGGGUCAACGGCAAGCCAGGCCGGGGGACUAUCAUGGGCACCAAGCAAGCCAUCCGUGCUGCCAAUAGCCGGGUGAGUGAGCUAGCUUCUGGAAGCUCCGGGAAGGGCCACUUCAGGGCCUCUGGGGAUUCGGACAGUGGUAACGACAGUGGGGUAAACCUCAGUGAUGACAAGUCGCCCCUUCCGAUGUUGCCUUCUCCCUACAGCAAAAUCACUGCCCCCAGGCGGGCGCAGCGCUACAGCAGCGGACACGGUAGUGACAACAGCAGUGUCUUGAGCGGAGAGCUGCCCCCGGCAAUGGGCCGGACAGCAUUAUUUUACCACAGUGGGGGCAGCAGCGGCUAUGAGAGCAUGAUCCGGGACAGCGAAGCAACGGGCAGUGCUUCUUCCGCCCACGACUCAAUGAGUGAGAGCGGCAUGUCCUCUUCUGGUCGCACCAGGACUUCCAAGUCCCCCAAGAAGAGAUCAGCCGGGCUGCAGCGAAGGCGUCUGAUUCCUGCUCCCCUGCCAGACGCCUCAUCCUUGGGGAGAAAGCCUAACACGACUGGCCAGUGGGUGGACCUGCCGCCCCUGCCUGGAACACUGAAGGAACCCUUUGAGAUCAAGGUCUACGAGAUUGACGAUGUGGAACGACUGCAGAGACACCGGCAUGAGGACCCUGCGGAGCAGCCAUUCCAGGAUGUUGAAAAGGGUCUGCUGUAUUUCAACACAAAAUUAAAGCUUCUAGAGAGGCGUCAUCAGCAGAUCAGAGAGUUGAAGGCAAAGCAUGAUAUGUUGAAGGUAGAGCUGGAAGUUACAAAGCAAAGGCUGAUGAUGGAUCCUGGCAAGUGGACAGGGGAGUUUGAGGUUGACCUGGGCCUGGAUAAGGAGUCCCAGGAGUAUCUGGAGGCACUGGAACAAGCCACUGAGGAUCUGGAGUACUGUGUCAACCUAUGCAAGUCACGCGUCAUGAUGGUGACCUGUUUUGACAUUGGGAUGGUCUCUGACAUGCAAGAUGGGCUGCGAGAAGUCGAGGUUUGAAGAGGAGAGGAGAAGCAAAAGGGAACAAAAGAAAAAGGAAUCUUUUUACUGAGCCAUUUCUUUUGGAGGAGAACAUAAAGGAAAGAUAUGCAGUAUUAAAAACACUAUGUGGAUACAUUAGAAGAUGGGAGAGGAAUGUGAGUAAAGACUUAAUGUGGAGACAGUGGCUUAUAAAAAUAAAAAAACAAACAAAAAAAAACAAGACUACAAUUCUGUGGUGCCUCAAACCCUAUUACUGUGGAGAAAGAGGAAGACUGAAAAAGAGCAUACAAACAAUUUCCGCUCUCCACACGGCAGAAGGAAGCGACGCAAACCAAGAAGACAUUCAAUUAAACCCAAAAGUGCCUUUUUUUAAGUAACUAUUUUUUUUUUUUUUUUAUUGGUGCUAGUAUUAAAACCAGCAUACCUAAGCAAACCCUAAACAUAUUCCUAUUAAGAAAAAAAACAUCGUAUUUUAUAUUGUAUAGUGUAUUUUAUAUGAUUAUACACUAUGUACAAAAUAUCAUUGUAGCAUCAAAAAGCAAUAAGUAAACUAUUAUUGCAUCCCAGACUUUGCCUUCUCAUGUCAAACCUCAGAUUUUUUUUAUAUGAACAUAGAAGUCGGACCCUAAAGGGUUCAUCUUUCCUAAACUAGGUUCAAACUCAAUGUUCAUAAGUGGUUUCUGAUAGUGAAAUGGAUUUGUAUCAUAUUUUUGGAAUUCUUUUCCAUUAAGUAACGUGUCUUCAGUUUUUCAGUUGCCUUGACCAUGCCAAUUCCCAGUAGAUGUUAAAUGCAGUACAGUAGAACCUUGUUGGUUAAGAAUUCAAUGACAUACUUUUUCAUCUCCCUCCAGUCAUGGGAGUAGCAGAUUAUCAAAGCACAUUACAUUGGCGUUCUGCACUAAGGUGCUACACCUUGUCCUAUGCACUCUUCUGGCCUGGCACAGUGAGUUGCAAACUGACAGUCUAGUUAAGUCUGUUCAAGGUGACUGGCGAGAAUCAGAAACAGACAGGCAGUGUCUGGAGGUUAACUCGCAUAUUCUCUAGUCUAUAAGUAAAUAAAAGAUCUAUACCAAGUCUUCACAACCCAUUUAUCAUUUUUUUUUUUUUUCCCCCAGUAGCAACAAAGUAUUUGUCAGGGUUUGGCAAGCCUAAAUAAAUUUGCGACAAGCCUGGAUCAGCUGUGCUUUAGUAAUUCAACUUAAAAUGAUUAUUAUUAAAUAUGCAUAACCUGUGAUUCACUGUUUUACCGGAUUCUGCAAAGUUGACGUCUGUAAAGUUUCCAUUCAGUCAAAAGUGUGUGUGGGUGAUGGGCGUUGACUCGGGCAGUUGCGAAAUUACGGGCAUUAGUAACAUUAGGUAGAUAGGUUACGUUUACAGUUAGGCAUGCUUAAAAUUCAAAGGUCGAGCACAGCACACAGUCAA